CUUUGCCUCUGCUGCCUCAACAAAUAUCACUUCAUGGGUGUGGGAUUGAACUCCCAAUUUCCUCACCUCCCAGUCUGACACAAAAGAACUGAAAUGACACGAAUUUAAGCACUGAGAAGAAUCCUCCCUGUUCUCCACAGGUUGAAUUGAAUCACUCCAGAGAAACCAGGAAGUGAGGGAGAAUUCCUGGACUUUCCCCAGCAGCAGGAAGGGAGGGAUUCCCGUGGAGCUCUCAGCGAUGGCAGCUGAGGACAGGGAUUACAACCUGACCGAGGAGCAGAAGGCUGUGAAAGCCAAGUACCCCCCUCUCUGCAAGAAAUAUGAAUAUUUGGAUCACACAGCAGACGUGCAGCUCCAUGCCUGGGGAGACACUUUGGAAGAAGCCUUUGAGCAGUGUGCCAUGGCCAUGUUUGGCUACAUGACAGACACAGGCACUGUGGAACCUGUGGAUACAGUGGAGGUGUUGGCAGAAGGGCAUGACCUGUUGUCUCUUCUCUUCCACUUUCUGGAUGAAUGGCUGUAUAAAUUCAGUGCUGAUGAAUUUUUUAUACCCAGGGAAGUGAAAGUGCUUCACAUUGACCGAAUGCAGUUCAAAAUAAGAUCAAUUGGAUGGGGAGAAGAGUUCUCUUUAGACAAACACCCACAGGGCACAGAGGUCAAAGCCAUAACUUACUCAGCAAUGCAGAUCUGUGAAGAUGAAAAGCCAGAAGUUUUUGUCAUCAUUGAUAUUUAAAGCAAGAAGAAUGUGGUUGAGUGGAUAUGGGUCAUCAUCUGGCAGAAGCCCCCUAAAACUGCAAUCCCUGUGGAAAAAAAA